AAGUUGCAGAAAUUCACUCCAAGAAGUGUCCUCUAAUGACCUCACAUCCUGUUUUCCCACUUCCUCCUCCAGCAGGGUGAAUGGAGCAGUUUGGCCUGUCGGGGCGCUUUGUGGAUUUUGCUCCAUAACGAGCACAGUCGAUAUUGUAAACGCGCGUUUUUUUUUUUUCCAGAGGACACAUGUUGGGUCAUGUUGCACUGCACAUUCGAGGAGACCUGUUACACCUGAUUAUGCGUCGUUUUACUUGCUGAUAGAAAGCGGCAUUGUUGGUGCACUUGUGGCAGAAUGAAGACGAGAGAGCUGAAGAUCAUCAGCCAGGGUCUGGAGGAUGAGAUGGAGGUGUGGGGCUACCAGCCCUGUGUGUGGAAGAUGAUCUUGGUGGGCGUCGGCGCCGUUUGCUCUGGCGGUCUGCUGCUGCUGCUGCUCUACUGGCUUCCUGAGUGGGGCGUCAAGGGGACCUGCACACACACCUCGCUCAGAGACGCACACACACUGCUGCUCAGGUCCACGGAUGAGUUCAGGCAGUGGUACCGGGCCAAGGUGCAUGUGAUGCAGGCUCCAGUCAAGAAGCCCUUUGAUAAUUUGGAUCUGCCAGUCACUGCUCAGUUGCCGAAUGGAGACGGGGAACACACCCACACUGCCAUACCCAAGGAGCACCAUGGGAUAUUUGCUCAUAUUGAGCAUGUCAAGAUCCACUACUUCACCCACCACAACACUAAAUACUGCUGGAAUGACGUGAUACAGAACUUUGAAAUAUACAAAGGCUUGGAGGACCUGAAGUUGAGCUGUGCCAGCAUCCACUCUGACCACAGCUCUGGACUCAGUAAAGCACGCCAGGAGUACAGGAGGUUGUUUUUUGAGCUGAAUGAGAUUGCUGUGAAAGUGCCGUCUUUAUUCAAGCUCCUCAUUAAAGAGGUCCUGAAUCCUUUCUACAUCUUCCAGCUCUUCAGUGUUAUUCUUUGGAGUACCAAUGACUACUACUACUAUGCCUCUGCCAUCGUUUUCAUGUCUGUCAUGUCUUUGGCGACCUCACUGUACACCAUUAAAAAGCAAUAUGUGAUGCUGCAUGACAUGGUGGCAGCCCACAGUGUCGUCCGCAUUUCAGUGUGCAGAGAAAAUAAAGAUGUUGAGGAAGCGAUGUCUACAGAGCUGGUCCCCGGUGAUGUCAUCAUUAUUCCAGCCAAUGGAUUAAUAAUGCCAUGUGAUGCGGUGCUCAUCAGUGGAACCUGCAUUGUGAAUGAGAGCAUGCUGACGGGAGAGAGUGUACCUGUUACCAAGACGAGUGUGCCCAACUCAGGUGAGGAGGGAGCAGAGACCUACAAUCCCGAGGAGCACAAAAGAUACACCCUGUUCUGUGGCACCCAUGUCAUCCAGACCCGGUUCUACACUGGGGAGCUGGUCAAGGCUGUGGUGGUCACAACAGGCUUUAAUACAGAGAAAGGCCAACUUGUGCGCUCCAUCCUCUACCCCAAACCCACUGACUUCAAGCUGUACCGGGAUGCCUACCUGUUCCUCCUGUGUCUGGUGGGUGUGGCAGGGAUUGGCUUCCUCUACACUAUUGUCCUCAGUAUCCUGAACAAGGUUCCCACUAAAACCAUCAUCACUAAAUCUCUGGACAUCAUCACCAUCACUGUACCCCCAGCUUUACCAGCAGCCAUGACAGCUGGCAUUGUGUAUGCCCAGCGGCGUCUGAAGAGUGUCGGCAUCUUCUGCAUCAGCCCCCAGAGGAUCAACAUGUGUGGUCAGCUCAACCUGGUUUGUUUCGACAAGACUGGCACUCUGACAGAGGACGGCCUGGACCUGUGGGGCAUUCAGAGAGCUGAAGAUGGCAGCUUUUCUCCCCCAGAGGCCGAGGCAGCCAAAGACAGCCUUGUUAACACUGCCUUUGUAGCCUGCAUGGCUACCUGCCACUCACUGACCAAGAUAGAGGGAGAAAUCUCUGGAGACCCUCUGGACCUCAAGAUGUUCAACGCUACAGGCUGGAUCCUAGAGGAGCCCACAGAGGAGGAGACUGCACUGCACAAUCCCAUAAUGCCCACAGUCGUGCGACCACCGAAGCAGGCUCACCUUGAGGCCAACCAGAAUAUCAGACCAACCCAGAAUGUGGAGCUGUCUGAAAUAUCAUCAUAUGAGAUUGGCAUUGUGAAGCAGUUCCCUUUCUCCUCAGCCCUUCAGAGGAUGAGUGUGGUGGUCAGGAGGUUGGGGGAAAAACACAUGGAUGCCUACCUCAAGGGGGCGCCAGAAGUUGUAGUGAGCCUCUGUAAGGAGGAGACAGUCCCGGGCAGCUUCAGCGAGACUCUGGAAGCGUACGCGAGGCAGGGCUUCAGGGUUAUUGCCCUCGCACAUCGACAGCUGGAGCCCAAACUCUCCUGGCACAAAGUCCAGAGCCUCAACAGGGACGUGAUAGAGAGCAACUUGGACUUCCUUGGCCUGAUCAUCAUGCAGAACAAACUAAAAGAGGAGACUGCUGGUGUUUUAAAAGAUUUACGGCAAGCCAACAUCCGCACUUUAAUGGUCACAGGUGACAACAUGUUAACGGCUAUAUCAGUGGCCAGAGACUGUGGGAUGAUCCGUUCACAUGAGAGGGUUAUUAUAGCAGAAGCCUCGCCUCCCAGAGACCUCCAGCCCGCCAGCAUCACGUGGCGCUACGUGGAGACUCCUGUUCAAAACACCAACAAGGACAGUCAGGUUGUCGAGAUCCAGCUGGAGGACGGUGUGUGUGGUGAGCAGGAUCAGCAGGAUCAGAGCUAUCACUUUGCUGUGAGCGGCAAGGCCUUCGCUGUUAUCACCGAGCAUUUCCCCCAGCUUAUCCAAAAGCUCGUGCUGAGAGCCACAGUGUUUGCCCGCAUGGCUCCAGACCAGAAGACUCAGCUGGUGGAGGUGCUGCAGAGCGUGGACUACAUUGUUGGGAUGUGUGGUGAUGGUGCUAAUGACUGUGGAGCUCUGAAGAGAGCUCACAGUGGGAUCUCUCUCUCUGAGCUGGAGGCCUCCGUCGCAUCGCCCUUCACCUCCUCAACCUCAAACAUCUCCUGCGUCCCCAACCUCAUCAGGGAGGGCCGAGCUGCCCUCAUAACUUCCUUCUGCGUGUUCAAGUUCAUGGCUCUCUACAGCAUCAUCCAGUACCUCAGUGUCACCCUGCUCUACUCUAUCCUCAGCAACUUGGGAGAUUUCCAGUUCCUCUUCAUCGAUAUCGCCAUCAUUCUCAUCAUUGCAUUCACAAUGAGUCUGAACUCUGCGUGGAAGGAGCUGGUGUGGCGCCGCCCCCCGUCCAGUCUGAUCUCCGGCCCGUUGCUCUUCUCCGUCCUGAGUCAGAUGCUCACCAGCUUGGUCUUCCAGGUCCUGGCGUUCCUCUUAGUACAACAGCAGAGUUGGUAUGAAAAAUGGACGCCUCUCUCAGAUGCCUGCAACGUCUCCAGCGCCAGUCUUUUCCACAGUCAGAAUGUGACGCCCCCCCAGAGCCACAACAACAUCAAGAACUACGAGAACACCACCCUCUUCUACGUCUCCUCCUUCCAGUACCUGGCCGUGGCCAUCGUCUUCUCCAAGGGAAAACCCUUCAGAGAGCCAAGCUACAAGAACUGGCCAUUCAUGCUGUCCUGCAUUGGUCUGUAUACGUUUCUCUUCCUAAUCAUGCUGAAUCCAAUUCCUGCCGUCGACAGCUUCCUGGAGAUUGUGUGUGUUCCCCAUGACUGGCGCAUUACACUGGUCAUCAUUGUCAUAGUGAAUGCGGCUGUGUCUUUCAUGCUGGAGACGUUGGUGCUUGACAUCGUCUUGUGGAGGCUAGUGUUCAGAGACAGUCAGGGGCUAAAUCAGGCCGUGGUGGCCGCCUCUGCUGACACGCCUCAGAUGGCAAUUGACCGCUGGGGCUCAGCCUUCCUGUCUUGGUUGUUCUGUUGGAAUAACAAGCCCCCGAGGAUGCGCUACAUGCAUCUGGCCAGGCAGCUGCAGGAGGACCCCGACUGGCCCCCAGGACCCUCCACUGUCACCUACGCCAGCCAGCCUCAGUCCCUCACUCCCAUCGGACCCCAUGUGACACCAGUCCAAAUGAGGCAAUGACGUUGGCCUGCACAGGUUAUUUUUUAACCCUCUGGUUCCAGGCUCCAACAAACUGUGGCCUUGAAUUAACUUGAUUUGAACCCAGAGACUUGACUAGGCAAAGAUGUUUUUGGGAUCUCGAGCCUGCCAGAUGCCAAGGACUGAGCCAAAACCGUCACCCAGGCACCAUCCAAGUGCAACAGCUAAUGGACACUGUGAUGCACACGGCCGUCCAUUACAUGAAUGUAAUGCUGCACUCUGCAGGUUGUGGCUUUUCUCAGCGACGGGGCUUGAUUCACCAGCGCAGAAUGGACAAACACUCAGCACUUGAAUCUCAACAGUUUUGUCAUGUUACUGAAACUUGAAUGUUCAGAUGAAUGGAUGACUUGGUGCCAGCUGUAUUCGAGAACAUGAAACCACUCGGUGCUUUCAUCAUGCGUCAGUGUCACAGAUGGAUUGUUUCCAGCAGUCGUUUCACCCUUUAACAAUUUAGACGUGUACGAACGGAUGACAAUUGUUGCUAUCUGAGCCAAAUUUGAAAAGCAAUGGAUCAUUAUCCUGCCACUGGACCUGUAACUACUUGAGGUGUGGUUUCAUUUUCACUGUCAGCCUCAAAAGUGUUAACAUCUCAUCCGAGAACAGAUGGAACAAGGGCUCGUGUUUUCUCAGAUGUUCAGAAGAUGUCCAGCUACUGUUUCUCCUCAAUCUGACAGCCAGUAAAUGUCAGUUUAAGGCUUUAUGGCUCCAGAUGACUCAUUCAGCCUCACUGAGAGGGAAAACACACUGUCUUCCACUAACAGUUACUGCUGCUAAAAAAAAAAAAAAAAAAGAGUAAAAGAGCAAUGGGAAAGUUUUGUACAGUCAUACUGAGUUGUGUGUAAGUGUGAGGGAAUUAUUUUG